GCAUUUUCUUUCUUUAGUGAAAGAAUUGAUGUCUUAAGAGAAGCUGAAAUUUUACACAAAGCUAGAUUUAGUUACAUUCUUCCAAUUUUGGGAAUUUGCAAUGAGCCUGAAUUUUUGGGAAUAGUUACUGAAUACAUGCCAAAUGGAUCAUUAAAUGAACUCCUGCAUAGGAAAAAUGAAUACCCUGAUGUUCCUUGGCCGUUGAGAUUCCGCAUCCUGCAUGAAAUUGCGCUAGGUGUAAAUUACCUGCACAAUAUGAACCCUCCUCUACUUCAUCACGACCUGAAGACUCAAAAUAUCUUGUUGGAUAAUGAAUUUCAUGUGCAGAUUGCAGAUUUUGGUUUAUCGAAAUGGCGCUUGAUGUCCCUUUCCCAAUCACAAAGUAGUAAAUCCGCCCCAGAAGGAGGGACAAUUAUUUACAUGCCACCUGAAAACUAUGAACCUGGACAAAAAUCAAGGGCUAGUGUCAAGCAUGAUAUAUACAGCUAUGCAGUUAUCACAUGGGAAGUCUUAUCCAGAAAACACCCUUUUGAAGAAGUCACCAAUCCUUUACAGAUUAUGUAUAGCGUGUCACAAGGACAUCGACCUGACACGAAGGAAGAAACUUUGCCGUGUGAUAUACCUCAUCGAGCACUGAUGGUCUCUCUAAUAGAAAGUGGAUGGGCACAAAAUCCAGAUGAAAGACCGUCUUUCUUAAAAUGUUUAAUAGAACUUGAACCAGUUAUGAGAACAUUUGAAGAGAUAACUUUUCUUGAAGCUGUUAUUCAGCUAAAGAAAACAAAGUUACAGAGUGCUUCAAGUACCAUUCCCUUCUGUGACAAGAAGAAAAUGGAGUCAUCUAUGAACAUACCUGUAAAUGAUGGUGCACAGGAGGAAUCGUGUGACUCCUCUCAGCUCCGUAAAACUACUCCUAGAACCUCGGGGUUCCUGUCAGCUCCUCAAGACAAUGAUUUUUUACCUAGAAAAACGCAAGACUUUUCUGUGCUGCAUCAGUGUCCAGUAAAUCACAGUUGGAACAGUAACAUUUCUGUGGCUCAGAGGGCAGCAUGCUGUGAUCACAAGACUGCCCCGUGUUCUUUAGCGAUAAUAAAUCCACUCUCAGCUGAGGGAAAUUCAGAGCGAUUUCAGCCUGGAAUAGCCCAGCAGUGGAUUCAGAGUAAGAGAGAAGACAUUGUGAGCCAGAUGACUGAAGCCUGCCUUAACCAGUCGCUGGAUGCCCUUCUGUCCAGGGAUCUGAUCAUGAAGGAGGACUAUGAACUCAUUAGUACUAAACCUACAAGGACCUCAAAAGUCAGACAACUGCUGGACACCAGUGACAUCCAAGGGGAAGAAUUUGCCAAGGUUAUAGUACAAAAGUUGAAGGACAACAAGCAAAUGGGUCUUCAGCCUUACCCAGAGAUACUUUUGGUUUCUCAAUUACCAUCUUUAAAUUUAUUUCAAAAUAAAAGCUUAUAAGUGACUCUUUCAAGAAGAAAAUUCAGUUUAUAAAAGUGUAUUUUGUAUUUUUAUUGCCUUGAUCAUAUUGUUUAUAUAAGAUCCACAUGAGUAUUAAAAACUUGAAUGAAGUUUCUUCUUCAGAUAAAUAUUAGUCUCCUUUCAUGACAUUAUAGUAUUUUUUUUAAGUUAACACAGUAGAAAGUUUACAUUUUGCUACAUAGUUCAAUUAUUUUGUCUGGUUAAUUGAAACUAUCUUUUUAAUAUAAUAAUUAUAUUUUUCUUAUACAUAACAGUGUCUUUAGGUUUCAUGUGUUUUUCAUGGAAGCCAUUUUCAUAUUCACUUUCUUUGUGGAUUAUUUAUUACUUACCUAGGAUAAUUGGCUUUUUGAUGUGUACCUUUUAUAUACUUAAAUCAGUGUUAGUACAGCACAUUCCUCCCCUAUAGUCCUUGGUUCCAGUCCUUCCAAAAGCAUUGUUCAUUAAACUGUUAUCCACAUUACACUUCUAAAUGUUAUUUAUUGAAUUCUUUAAAAUUGUUUCCAAGAUAAAGCCAUACAAAGUAUAUAAAGAAAAAAAUUAAUCUUUCUAUAUAUGUUUCUACCCUCAUUUCUAGCCUCAGCUAACAACCAAGGUAACCAAAGUUAACAGCAGAUGUGUAUGGUUCUAUUCCUUUUUUCCUGGCUCAUAUUUAAAGUAUAUAAAAAAAUAAGAAUAAAAACAAAGUAUAUGUUCA